UCUCUCUCUCUCUCUCUCUCUCUCUCUCUGUCUUCCGCCCUCCUCUACCUCGGCCUCUACGGCCUCUUUCUCGGUUUUACCCUGCGCUCUUCUCUCCCCCUAUCUCCCUUCUCUCCAACGGCGGCACCGGUAUUAAUUUAUACGCGGUACGUGUGUGCACGCCGCUUUUUCUCGCAGUUCCUCGAAAUUUGCAAGAAACUAGUCGGACACUCCUCGGCGUCCUCUCGUCCGAGGAGGCAAACUCGCGCGAUCGUGCCGGCACGACGGCGAAGACGACGAUGGCGCGAAUGCCUGGAAGAUCGGGGGUGACCACGGAGAAGGUGGUUCAGACUUCCGUGCCGCAGAACGAGGCUGAGCUGCAGCUAUACAGAGUGAUGCAGCGUGCCUCGCUGCUGGGCUACUACGACACGCUCCUCGAGAUGGGAGGCGACGACGUGCAACAACUGUGCGACGCGGGCGAGGAGGAGUUCCUGGAGAUUAUGGCGCUGGUGGGCAUGGCGAGCAAGCCGCUGCACGUCAGGAGGCUUCAGAAAGCUCUGCAGGAGUGGCUCACUAAUCCCUCGUUGUUCCAAACGCCGGUGGUGCCGACGAACGCAGCCGCCGUCGUCGCCGCCGCAGCGGCCGCCAAGAGUCCCGUCGCCGUCGCCGCCGUGGGUUUCGCGUGUGCGAGUCCGCGGCCGCAGAUGCAGAGCCUGCCAACUGGCUUCGCCGCGGCCUCCCAGACUUCCCUGACGCCGGCGUCCUACGUGUCGACGACGCCCCACGUGUCACUGACGCCUCUACCUUGCCGGAGCGCCAGCCCGGUCGUGCCGGUCACCAGUGUGUCCGCAUCGGCGUCCUCCACGACUUUCCGUCAGAGUCCGAGUCCGAACACAUCUAUACCUUACGUGACUACUCACAGCCCCAAUGUAUUACAGGUAGGAACGUGCGAGUCUUCGUGUGGCAGCGGAACCACGCCGAGUCCGAGCGGUGGUGGCGGCGGCGGCGGCGGCGGCGGCGGCAGCGGCAGCGGCAGCGGCGGUGCACCUGCAAGCCAGCAGCCGACGCCGACUCUUCUGCAGUCACAGGUGCAGCGGCUCGCCGAGGCCGCGGAGAGGCUUGUCGCCACCAUAAGGCCCCUCGAUCCCAAACCCCACAACGUGAAGAAAAAACUCUGCAAGAACCUGGAGGUGGUAAUGACGAUGUCUGACAGUGAUCCACGCAAAAUGGACGAGAUCCGAAAGUACGCGGCGAUUUACGGCAGGUUCGACUGCAAGAGAAAGCCGGAGAAGCCUCUCACAUUGCACGAGGUGUCGGUGAACGAAGCGGCGGCGCAGAUCUGCAGAUUCGUGCCUGCCCUCCUCACCAGGAGGGACGAGCUGUUCCCCCUGGCACGCCGUGUCGUCCGUGAUUCCGGUUACCACUACUCCAAGAGUCAAUACUUGUCGAUGACGAGGCCGCGCGAGAACGGGGAGGAGACCGAUGGCGAGCGCUCGAAACGCCGGAAGCACGAACUGGAGGGUGAGGGUGAGGACGCGACGCAGGAGGAAUUGGAUCUACGUUGUUCUGGAACGGACAUUAACAAUUCCAUCACGAGGAGACACAGGUCAUCGAGUCCAGUUUGGAGGAAGAAGAAUAAUAAUGGAAUAUUCAGCGCUAGCGUGGAGGAAAUCAGCGAUUCGGAUAGCCAAUUUUCCUUUUCCAACGAAGAAUCUUCGUCUAUGCACGAUACAAAUGAGGCGGAGGCUGAGAACACUGACAAAGAAGGUGACUUUAAUCUAAAGGUGAUAGCCUCGCGCGGAGACAACAUAAUCGCCGUGGCGAAUCCCGCGCUAAUGGAAUGCAGUCAUCCCAUAAAAGAGGAGCCCGUGGACGAGAAACCCACACUGUGAUAUUAUUAUUUAGCGUUUACUGCCGCUAUUGACGUCACGGCGACGUGACCAGUGUCCCGCUGGUCAUUGUCGUUCAUCACUGAUCAUCAUCUGCGCGAACAGAGCAUCCAUAUACGUUAUUGAACACGACAGUAUUCGUGGCAGCGGCCGCUGGAAUAAUAAAACACUUACUCGCUAGGAUCUCACAUCAGUCGGAGCGACCUGACUCUCGCCCCUGUCCGAACGAGAAAUGUUUACAGCGCUUGCCUGUUAUCUAGUUCUAGCAAAAUACGACAACACGAUAUUGUAUAGCGAUUAUGAACGUUUCUAGAAGGCGAUAGCUAAAUAAAAGUAAGCCAUUUAAAUCAAAAGAUCGUUGACUGAAUUAUGUAGUAUUUACGAAAUGUAUAUUAUAAAAGCAAAUGUAAAUAUAUAAGGGUCUUUUUUUUUA